AUGGUUAAAUUCACAUUCAAAUUACCAUUUCUGAGUUUGGGUAAACUUAAACCCAGUAAGUUCAAUUACCAAUUAGAACAAGACAUUCGGAGUAAAUUAGAUACGCUUCCCAGUGUUACCAGAAUUUAUACCAAUAUUGAUGGAACCCCCAGAGUUCCAAGUGAUGAAGAAUUUAGAACCAUUUCUGAAUUACAAAACUUGUAUUAUAAGAGAAACCAUUCGGAAUGGAACUUUAUAUUACCAGGGAUUCCUCUGGAACAAUUACAAUUAUUUAAAGAUAAUUCUCAAGAUUUAACUAAUUUCCAAUUUGUCUCUAAAGAUGCUGGGAAAAUCAUUGAUAAAAUUCCUUAUAAGGAUGAAGCCACUGGUGAAUUGAAAUGGAAGAUCAUUAGAGAAACUGAAAAGGCUGAAGGUUGGGAAUUUCCUUAUUUUUAUUUAGUAUUACCAAUUUUCAUUUAUGUGGCUUAUGCUAAAUAUACUGCUCAAAUGAAGAAACGGAAUUUAGAAGGUCCAGAAUGGGCUGAAAAGGAAUUAAGAUUAAGAGCAAUGGAAACUUAUUUCCAUGGUGAUACAGAAAAGGCUAAGGAGUUCUUAAGUAAUCAAGGUAAGUCUGAAAGAGAAAUUAAGGAAAGAGAUGAAUUGGUUAUUGCUAGAAUCUUAGCUGGUGAUUACGAUAAAUUAUCUCAAUUGAAGAAGAAAUUACCUGAAGAUUUAAUUCCAAAGGAACCAAAGAAUAAGUACUAUAACAUUUAA